AUGUACAAUUUCAAGGUGUCCGCACCGGGCAGGGUGCACUUAUGCGGAAAUCCGUUGAGAUAUGAAGAACACUGCAUAGCAGCAAGCUUAGACAUGCGUACCAGGCUCGAAUUUUCUUCAAUUCUGCCUUCAGAGUAUCCAUAUACCAUCGAAAUAAAUUUCUCCGAUAUCCAGUUAAACAUGACGAUUAUUUUACGAACGUGCUUUUUAUGUCUUGGUGACAUGAAACUCGUUGGCGAACUUACUGAUGCCGAGUUGUACACGGAAGUAGAAAAUUUUGUCAGCUCAUUAAGAGAGUACACCGGUACGUACGAACCCAAUAAUCUCGCGCACCGGUUAAGCUUAGAAACGUUCUUCUUCCUGUUGGUUUAUAUAAGUCGUAAAAACAAUAUGAAGAUCACAUCAUCCUUUCGGGUGACAAUAUCAACGGAAUUGGCGAUCGGAGAAGGUCUGGGUAGCUCCGUAUCAUUCGUGGCAUGUCUCGCGGCGUGUUUUUACCUUUUGUCGCUUCUACAGAAAGGAGUCGUCAUCGCCGAAUUCGACCAUCAAGAUAUUUCAAAUAUUUUUCAAUACGUUCGGACAUGUAAUUAUACGAUAUACCAUUGCUUGACUACAGUUGAUUCCUACGUAUCCUUGUACGGUUCGGUACGUAUGUUUGAAUCGGACGCGCAUAUAGGUAUAUAUGGAGAAAUACCGAACAUGAAGAUUCUGCUAGUUUCCUCAAAUGUUUGUCAGAAAACACUAACCGAACAAAAUGAACGAAUGAGGAACAGCUGUCAUUCACAUUUAUACGUCGAGUCUAUCCAGAAGUGUAUCGACGAUGUAGUCGGAGCGUCUAAUGACAUACUUGAAACCAUGGAGUAUCAGCUAGUCGAGUUACGUAAAGCUAUAACGUGUUACUCGGACGAAAACGAAUUUCGUACAAUUUCGAAGGAAGUUUAUAUAAAAUUAUUAGGACCGUCUACAUUAGAAGUAAACAGUAAGAAACGAUCCUUUAGACAUUGUUACUACAUAGAACUUAUCUGCUGGGAACUAUGUUCAUCUCUUAACACGUAUACUUUGCAGAAUCUUGUCAACGUGAAUCAAGGUUUACUGCACACUUUAGAUAUGUCGCAUCCAAAUCUGGACGCUAUUUGUGCAAUAGCGCAGCAGUUUUCACUCGCGGGGAAGCUCACGGGUAACGGUGGAGGCGGAUAUGCGUUUAUCUUACUGUUACCGGACAGCACAGACGAACUCAUCAGUGAGGUCUUAGACAAACUCAAGUCACAUAAUUUCUCCGCCAAGUUAACUAGUAUAAAUUGCCCUGGAGUGACAAUUGAUUAGCAUAGUGAAAUUAGGAAAUUAAUACAUCU